AUGUGGCACAGGUGCGGCGGGGUUGUCUGGCAGACGUUCCCAGCCAUUCAUAGCGACGCUGCACGACCUCUUUAUGGCACCACCGUUGGCGCUGCGUUUCGAUAUUUCGCCAUGAACAACAACAGUCUGCGACCUCUUCUUCCCGCAACACGUCCGCGCUCACCACCGCCAUCAGGCCCCAGCUCCAAGAGGAAGCGCGUCUCCGUCGCCUGCAAUGAGUGCCGCCAGAAGAGAAUUGGCUGUGAUGGGGCACGCCCCGCAUGUGCCGCUUGCCACAGGCGCGACAGGCGUUGCGUCUAUAUGAACGAUGAAAACCUGGAGAUGCGCCCGACCAUCCUCAAACGGGAGAACAUUGCGCUACGGGAUAAGCUAGCCGUCCUCCAGGACAUCUUUGAACAUCUCCAGGGCAGAACACAACAUGUUGCUCACGAUACCGUGCAACGCUUGGGUGCGGGCACCAACCCCUCUGACGUGCUGAAAACGCUCCGCGGCGAGUCGCCACGCACUGCUCUGUCAGAACAAGCCGCAGCAAGAGCUAUCCUUCCGGCCGUUCACUCUGACUGCGAAUUGGAGUUACUCGUCCGACACCCUAAAGCGUAUUGUGUCUUGGAUCUUCCCGUCGUUGCGCAGGAUACUGUGAGCACCCUGUUCUUGGAUGAUGAAUCGUCACACGCACAUGUCUCUGAGCUUGAAAUCGUCAAGACCACAAAGAAGCAAUCUGGUCGUCCUCAUUAUUGCGAUUCGCGGCUUGAGAAGCUGAACAUUGACUUCUGGACUUCCGUGUCAAUUUCGAACGAACAUGCGGCGUCUGCAAUAUCCUUGUAUCUCGAAACCCACCAUCCAAUAUGGUGCUUCUUCGAUGCGUCGCAGUUCGUUGACGACCUAGUCAAGUGUAGAGUUGAUUCGAACUCGACAUGUUCUCCUCUUCUAGUGAGCUCAAUGCUCGCGUUCGCCCUACAAGGCUAUUCUUCGAUCUAUCCGGAGGCAGCAAAGCACAGCUACCAGUUCGAACAACAAGCUGAAAAACUUUUCGCCGCUGAAAGCACAACCGACACUCUGCCCACCGUCGCAGCCAUGGCACUCCUCUACAUAUCAAUCGCUGUUCGUGCAGACGUACCAAAAGCCAUGAAGUAUUUGAUAGCAGCAAAGGACGCAGCAAAGAGGAUGAAGUUGUUCGGCGAGCCCGACCCAGCUACGUUUGGGUCGCUGAAGACAAGAGAAGCAAUGAGCCAGACUGCUUGGGGGCUUUUCAACUUUCUUGUGCAAAUGAGCCAAUUUCAAGUAGUAGCGCCACUUGAACAUCCACCUACCAUGCCGCUACCAGAGGAUCUGAGAGCCAACCAAGCACCCGACGACAGCCACAUGGAGGAGGCCGGCAAUGUAAGUCCUGUCUUCACAGAGGUUCAGCAGGCUCACUCGAUCUUCUGCAGGCUUUGGGUCAUUGUUAAUGAGAUAUUUCUUGUAUACCGGGAUAACAAGAUAGGAGCAAGAUCGCUGGCUUUUGCCCUUGGGAAGUAUCACAAACUGCUCGAGCUGGUAAGCACAUUGCCCAAAUCGAUGGUCAGAGCAGACAACACCCCUCACUGGGUCCUCAUCUUUCAUACAAUACUCCACAUGGUUGUUUUGGACCUCUUCCGCCCAUACAUUGCGUCAGAUGAACAGCAUGGUUUCCAAGCCUAUGUCCCCGGACCGUCGUCGCCAAAGACUAUCUUCGCGGCAUCAGUCAUGCAGCUCAAAGGGAUUUUGUUCGCAUUUGCUAUUCAGUACACGCCAGCAUACUGGAAUCUCGCACUCAGCUGUGCCAUGGUUUUCACAGUGAAUGCUGUACUGAACGACGUGUCCGACAAGGAAAGACACAACUACUUGGCGUUCUGCAUAUCCAUGAGUCAGAAGCUUCUUCCAUCCUAUGUCUACAUGAUCGAAACCAUCCGAGCAAUCCUAGCCAUUGCAACAGACAAGGGCGCUAUUACGACUUCUGAUGCAAUCCGUAUAGAGGCUCAGUCGGCAGCAAUGCAACGUGCGAAACUCAUCAAUCGCAGCAAGGGAGGUUGGGUCGUAGCGCCGACAUUGAACGAUAACAUCGCCGGUGACAUCAACACACUAACAGAACGAUUCGAAACAAUAACGCUUUUCAACGAAUUCACGGAAGAUAUAGCUUGA